GCAAUGGAGAUGGAUGGCAUUUACACUGUGCUGCAGAAUCCCUCGGAGGAUGUCUAUUCCACAGUAAACCAACCCCAGGGCAGGAGAGCAGGUGCUCAACAGAGGGACCCCACCCUGCCUGUGAGUGCUGCUGGCAAAGCCUCUUCAUACAGACAGCCUGCACUGGUCCUCCUCAUCCUGUGCUGUCUCUUACUGGCUGCCAUCAUCUCCCUCGCUGUCUAUCAUUUCAAAACUAACGAAGACCCUGAGAAAUACAAUACAUUACUGAAUCAGCUGCAGGACUUGAGCAGCAAGAAUCAUUCUGAAUUGAAAAAGAGCAAUACUGAGCUUUUUGUCAAAUCAUCAAUCUUGGAUAAAUACUGUCCUCUCAAAGAAGGCUCUUCAAAGGAGCGGGGUUGUUGUCCAGUGAAGUGGAUGCAGUUCAAUGGAAAGUGCUACUACUUCUCAACUGAUACAAUGGACUGGAACUCCAGCCGUGAUAACUGCACAUCAAAGGGGGGGCACCUGGUGAUUAUAGAGAGCAAGGCAGAGCAGAAAUUCUUAACGUAUGCAACUAAAGCCCAUCCAGGGAAUCGCUACUGGAUUGGCCUGACUGAUGCUGUUACUGAAGGAACCUGGCUCUGGGUGGACGGCACUCCUCUCAAUGACAAGACACAGUACUGGGUCAGUGGAGAGCCUAAUGACAACAAUGGUAAGGAGGAUUGUGCAAUUCUUCCAUUCUAUGCAGAUCCCCUCCAUCCCCUCAAUUCCUGGAAUGAUAUAGAGUGCCAAAAUAACUAUAGUAGGAUUUGUGAAACCAUAGCAGUGAUAAUCUAUCAGUGAUAACCUAUUAAUUCUCUCACAUUUACACAAAGAAUGUUAACCACUUCAACUCCAGAUGUAAAAAUGAAACCCCUUCCCAGGUACCAGAUUUUGAAAAUAAUAAUAAUAAUAAUGUUUUCAAACCUGCAAUUGCUAUAAAAUGUUAACAUAUGAUAAAUAAAAGACAAAUAAAUUACUUAAACUGUGUUUUUCAUUAACCCUUUAUGCUGCUGUGUACUACAUACCCAUAUUCAAUAUAGAGAUAAGAACGUGUUUUUUAACAAUGAAAACAAAAACGCUGUUAACAACGAUAAUAACAAUAAUAAUCAGUAAACAGUAAUUAUCAAAUAAAAGUCAAACAUCAAAACAUGUGCCAGUA